UCCUCUCGCGACUGGUCGUUGUUCGGCGACUUCAAGGCCCGUUGCACCAAAUCCGGCGACGCCAUCUGCUGUGCCCGUCAUGUUCACAUUGCUGGCAACAGCGUUCUGUGCGAUCAUCAUUGUAUCUGUCACAUCCCAAGCAACCGCCGAUCAAAAAACCAGCCCAGCAACGCGAUGCCACGCGGUGCAAAUUCCAGAUGUCAUGGGCAUCAGAGAGUGUCUGAACGGAACGCUGAACCUCUGUGGACUAACUCGGCAUGAGCGAAAAGUCGCCUCCAAGGCACUUGGCAAGUGCCUCGUGUCCUCGUUGUCCACAAAAAACUUCUUCACAGUGCUCUUAGGGCUGCUGAGAGCUGGCCUGCGAUUCGCUUUGCGAGUUGCCUUUCCUGGUUCCACCUCCGUGGUGUAUCCAUUCUGGGUACGAGUCAAGACCUUCUUCAGAAGGAGGAAGCAACCCGAGCCCAGCACAAUUAUUUUCACGUCAAGACCCUGCAACGACACAGUUCCAGUUCUCUUUCCGGAUUUCCUUGGAAUCGCUGAUUGCGUUCAUCUUGAACACUUUAUGUGCAGCAGGACGGGCCAGAUGGAUAUCGGAUCGACGUUGGUGACUUCGGUACUCUCUAUGGUCGUGUGCAUUCUCAAGAAGCUGCCAUUCUUCAACGUGCUGCGGCUACUCAGAGAAGUAGUGUGCAACUUCUUGACCCUGGUGGUCAACUUCUUCAAAAACAGCAAACGCUUGACCUUUAUGGCGCCUCUCAUGGAACUGGUUCAGAUAGUCUUGCAGUGUAAACUUGACGAAGCCUUACCUACGCCGACAAUGUACCCACCUUUGCCGACAGAAGUCCCACCUUUGCCGAAAGUGGCUUUGCCUGGGACGAAAGAGGGCUUGCCUGUGACAAAUCAGUCCUUGCCUGUGACAAAUCAGUCUUUGCCUGUGCCGGAAGAGGCCUUGCCUGUGCCUGCAGAGGCCUUAUCUGUGCCUGCUGAGGCCUUAUCUGGGCCGGCAGAGGCCUUAUCUGGGUCGGAGAGCGGACUUCCGGAGACCCCUGCUGGUUUAAAACUUGGUCAAUAAAGACGCACUUACAAACGCUAGCAAAAGUGAAAACGCGCUCUAACAAGGACGUGCAUGGACAACGGCCGUGCGUUCGUUUUCUACCUGGUUUGUGUUUAGAGUGGUUAUGGUGGCCAAAAUGUUGAUUGCUUUCUUUAGAAUAUGU